UACUACUCUGUCUCUCAGGGUGUAUUAUGCCUUCAGAUAUUGGCUAGUGAUGUUAAUGUACAUAAAUAUAAUUUAUACAUAAAUAAACAGACAUAUAUUAGAGAUGUGUGCUAAAAUUCUUUUGUUAUUGACAGAGAUCAAAGAACUUUGGAGACCACAGCUCUAGGCAAUAAGGAGCCAGCAGGAGUUCUUUAAGCAGGAAGAUGAAUUGUUUUUAUUUUAUUCUGAAAGAUCACUCUGGUAGCUGUGUGGAUGGAGAGCCUGGGGUAAAGAGAAUAGUAGGGAACUCAUGCAGAGGUCCAGGUGAGAGAUGAGAUCCCAAACCCAUGCAUGGUAGGGCAGCCAGGAGGGCAGAGCAAUUUCACAUGCACGUUGGAUUUGGUGACUGACUAGAGUUGGAAAAUAAGGGCGAAGAGAUCCGAUCCCGGGGUACUUCCAGGUGUCUGGGUGAUUAGGCAAAUAAUGGCACCACUUACCAAGGUGGCAGAGGUGGGUUUGGGGAGAAAGAUGAAGAGUCUGGGACUGAAAGCUUGAGUCAGAGGUGCCAGGGAGAGCCCUGGGUGGAGGUCAUACUUCCUGGGGUCCUGUGGCUGGUUUGGGGCUGCAGCCACCUCUUCCCCAGCAGGGUCCGGGUGAGGGAGCGGGCUGGGUCACGGUCAUGAUGAGUAAAUCAGGCAGUAAUGGUGUCCUCUGUCCAGACCUCCUGAUUCUAGCCUGGUCACUGGGUGCUGCAUCCCAGGUAUCAGACCCUGAUUGUUAUCAGUGAGGGUGUCUAGGUUCUUGGCGCUUCGAACAAAGAAUUGGACAAAACACACAAACAAAGCAAGAAAAUAAUGAAGCAACAAAAGCAGAGAUUUAAUGAAAACGAAAGCACACUCCACAGGGUGGGAGUGGGCCGAACAAGCGACUCAAGGGACUGGUUACAGAAGUUUCUGGGGCUUAAAUACCCUCUAGAGGUUUCCCGUUGGUUACUUGGUGAACACCCUAUGUAAAUGAAGUAGAGGAUCACAGUCAGUCUGAUUGGUUGUGGAGAGGGAUCAAUCAGAGGUUGAAGUGCAGUUACAAAGUUACACCCUAUGUGAAUGUCUGAUUGGUCGUGGAAAGUGACCAGAGGCUGAAGUGAAGUUACAAAGUUAUACUCCUAUGCAAAUAAAAACUUGGCCAGCGACCAGCCUGAUUGGUUGCGGGAGGGGACCAACUAGAGAUACUUCACAGAAAAGGUAGGGUGGGGGGUCGUUACAAAGGGAGUAGCUUCUGGUCCUUUUGUUACUUGAGUGUGAAAGUUGAGGUUUUCCUUUUGAUUUAGUUCUAGGAAGUCAGCAUAAAUUGGCCUUAGGUUCCCUGACUCCAGGCCCUAUUCUCCUGCCUCAUGAUCACUCUGUAUAUUUCACUUCUGCAAAACCACUUAAAUGCAGGUACCCUGUCUUCCUCCUCCUCUGAGCCAUCAUGGACGUGACAAAGUUACUUCUUCAUGGUGCUCUAGGCCAAAGCAUUGGGAAAGCCGGGUUAGGUUGGGAGUGUCCUUGCUGUCAUCAGAUCUGAGAUAAGCAAAGUGAAAUGCAGUGGAGAAGUGGGUGGGGCAGGGCAGGUUUGGGUGCUGUGCAGCUGUCUAGGUUGGGGAGGGACAGGUGUUUGACCACUUGUAGAUCCAAGCUAAUCAGUGUCCAGCAGCCCAGGUCGCAGGAAGGGCUGUGGGGAGCAUGAGCAGGUUCUGCCUAACAGAGGUUGCCUCUGUGGAGGCCAGCGGGAUCUGUGGGUUUUUCCCAGGGUUCAGGUGAAGUAUCCUCCACCCCUCCCACUUCCUUUGAUCCGACUGUGUUCAUCUGGUAACCUAGUUACUGAUUCUGCUUCUCAGGAGCACUAAUGCCAAGAAGAAGGUAGCUCCAACUGGGGACCUGCCACUCUAGUCCCUGAAAUAAUUUACUACUUAAAAAAUGCAAUACAUUGGCAUAAAAGUAGCUAGAAAUGCCACUUAUUGAGGGAACACUUGCUAAAUGCCUUAUGUGAAUCGAUCAUCCAAUCUUUUCAGUCUUGUGAGGUGGGCAUUAUUUUCUCCAUUUCACCUACAGGGAAACGCACUCAGAUCUGGGGUUUGCAGCUAAGUCUCUCUGCAGCUGAAGCCUGGGGUCUUAACCACUUCCCUUCUUGGAAGAGGCAGGGUUGAAAAUGAUGCUGGGCUUGCGUCUUGGCCUGUCUAGAGCCUCUCAGUCAUUCCCACUGUGGGUGUCAUGUGUCUGUCAUGAGUGGCAGUGCUCCCGUCCCGGAACAAGCAGGGCCACGACCAUAUGCUAGAAUGGGUGACUCAGCAGAAGCGGUGCCUCUGGGAGCCUCUGCUGGCCUGGAUGCCUCCCACUAGAGUUCCUCAACCUGCAACCAGGACCCUGUGAUGCGAGGCCACGGGGCUGGAGAGGGGCAGCAUGGAAGUGCUUUCUCUGUCCCUCUCUUACUUAUAGAUCAAAAAAGGAAAAUUAAAAGGGGGCCAGGGUGGGUGUCUGCCUGGGGAUCCAAAGGAUGAGGGCAGCCAUGUGGGAGGGGUGAUGGGAGGACCCAUGUCUGGCUGGCUAAGAGAGACUUGGAAGCCAGACUGGAACUAGCAUUCCAGAGAACCUGGAGCCGGCAGGGAAUUAGAGGAAGGGGUGGGGAGGGGAACAGCCAUAGGGAUACCCUGGCUUCUGUAGAAGGGGGUCCCAGACAGCUGUUUGCAGUUGCUCUCCCAGACCCCCGGGGGGCCCAGAAGAACACAGGAUGCUAAGCCUAGAAGGGAAAGGCUGCCAAGGGCAGUCUCCCAGGUGAGCAUGGCAGCUGUCCCUGGGUUUCCACCACUAAGGCUUCCCGGGGCUGCCCUCCGCUCCCAGCCUGAGAAGAAAAAACUGCCUAUAACAUUGGCCGAAUGGAAACAGACGACAGCAAAGCUCUGACUCAUGCCUUCCAAUGCCAAUACACCUGAUUUUGUAUUUCCCAGCGCUUUUAUGAGCACCAAGAGCUAUUAGAAUUGCAAGAGGUGUGUGGGGAGAUGGGAGUGGGGGCUCACACUCGCAGCAUGGGAAGCGGGGCUGAGACUCUUGUCGGGGGAGAAAGACCUCAGCCUCCCACCCCAUCCCCAUUCACCUGAGAGGUGGUGGGAAAGGGAGUGGUCUGGGCUCUGGGCAGAGGCUCUAGGCAGGCCACACGGGUGGGGGACCUGGAGGAGAGGCGUGUGAGUGGAUAUGGUUUGAGGGAGCCCCUAGAGCAUGGGAAUUGGGUUGUGAAAAGAGGACUGGGCUUGGGUACAGCCCUGGCUGCCUCCUAGCACCCCACUCAGACUCCUCUCCUCCCUGGGCCCUCACAAGGGGGUCUGCAGGUGUGUCUGCUGGGUCAGUGCAGGCUCCACUCGCUCCCAGGCCCAAGGCUACGAGAUAAAAUGCGAAUCAUUCCCUGCCUGUAGGCUCCUAGCUUGCUUCAGUACUUAUCUUCCCUGUCAUGGAGGGAGUGGGAGGUCUCCAAUCCCUAGGCCGGCGUGGGAGCCGGAAUUCUAGACCAGUUUAUCCAGUAGGAUUGAGCAGCUCACUCUGCAUCUCAGAUAUGGGGGGUUGUAGCAGCAGUUCGGGUUUCAUCUGGGCGCAGAGUGAGGCAGAGCUCUGGGAUUCCAGGCUGCUUUUCCAGGUGAGGUGGCAAACGAAUGGAGGUAGAGCUACGUGGGAAGACCUGCCAAGACUGAAAGAUCCUGACAGACCCCAGGGCACCCCAAGGCUUAUCAGUUAGUUGCUUGCCUGGGCCCCAUAGCCCCUGUUGCAUGUUGCAUGCUUUUGGGUUUUUAACAACAGCAGCCAACUUGUGUGUCAUGCUUCACAGUUGGCAAAGACCUUUCACACAUUCUGCACUCUGAGGUGUGUCUAUGAGGCUGCUCAUGUUCCACGUAAGAGGUGAGCCCUCAGUGAGUGGCAGAGCCCAGACCCCUGCAGGGCUGUGGGCUCCACGCUGGGUGCUCUUCCCUCCUCUCAGCGCCUGCGUGAGGAGUGAGGGGCACCACUUUCCCUCCCAGACUGAGAACUGCCCCCGCCCCCAUGCCUGGGCAUCACAGGUGACAGCAUUCUUCACGUGACCUCACCUCUUCUAGAGACUUCUCACGUCAGGGCAAUGUCAUGGGAUGAUAUUUACUGUGAAUAGGAAGUCCCACACCCCCUGGGUUAUAAAUCCUCUACAGGAUGGCCGGGGCUUGAAGAUGACACUCUGGCUUCUGCAGACCCUAAUGCUGGAUGGGACGGGGUUUUGCCAUGUUACCCAGGCUGGUCUCGGACUCCUGGCCUCAAGCGAUCCUCCUGUCUCAGACUCCCAAAGUACUAGGGUUGCUGGUAUGAGCCACCGUGCCUGGCUGAUGCUGGGUUCUUCUCCUCGCCUCCCCUCAGGUGGUGAGGACUCCAUCAGCACCUUGGGCCUGAUCCUUGGCGUGGGACUGUUGCUGCUGCUCGUGUCCAUCCUCGGCUACAGCCUGGCCAAGUGGUACCAGCACGGGUACUGCUGGGAGGGGCCUAAUUUUGUCUUCAACUUAUACCAAAUCCGGAACCUGAAGGAUGUAGAGAUGGGUCCGCCCUUCACCAUCAGUGGUCACAUCAGCAGCUCAGAUGGUGGCUACAUGAAGUUCUCCAACAGGCUAGUCUGAUGCAGAGGCAGCAGCUUGUGGAGCCCUGGGGAGAGGAGUUGGAGUUGGGAGAGCUGCCAAGUGAGCCUGAUGUCCAAGUAAGGUCUUAAGACGGUCCAGGCACCCAAGCCUCGCACCAAGGACCAUUUGGAACCCAAAAAGAUUAUCUGGUUCAUCCCCUGUCUUCUAGUGCUGAUCUCAGGCUUGGGGUCAUGUUUUCCCCCACCCGCUUCUGGCACUAGGCCUGCCCUGUUUCCUCCUGUCCACCCAAUCCAUGCCCAGCCUUUCCUUCCUGGGAAGGUUCUGUUUGUAUUCAAGGUGGAAGCUUCUAGAGCAGAGCUUUUUAUCUCAGCUCUUGCUCUGAGAUGAAAUUUCCAGAUGGCCAAUAUCUCUGAGAAGCAUCACUUCAGUUCUGAGCUUUCCACGCCCAGGAGCCUCCCCUGCUUCACGGCCCACCGAUCCUUUGGCCACACCUUCCCUUAACUGCCUUCAAGCUAAUCCCUUCCCCGCAUCUCAGUUACUUUUUCCCAUCCAAACCAUUUCUCCCUCCGGCAGUUCUUGCCCCUCCCAGGCUCCCCUGGACUGCCCUCAUCCCCUUGGAUCUUCAAGGCCUGGCCUAGCCCCUCAUUGUGGAGAAUGAGGGGGUCUCCUCUGGAUAUGGCAUCAGCCUAUGGCAUGGGAGUCCUGGGGAGUCAGGCCUCUGGGGAUGGAGUCUGGCUGGGCAGCAGCGGCUUUCUCACAGAACUAAAAGAGGCCGCCAUUCCUCAGGAGGGAGCUGGAUCCCCGGAAGCCCCUGAGCCUGUAGGAGGGGUCAGAGAUGUCCUGGAGAACCGGCCCUGCCCAGUGCAGUCCAGUGUGGGCGAGGCCUGCAGACACCAGUGGGGAGCUUCUUUAUGGGGUAUCUCCAGUCACCUCCCCUUGUACGGUUGACCAGGGGCCAGAAAGUCAGUCAUAGCUUCAAAUAGGCAAAGUUACACAGAGGUGAUUCCAGACAUGGUUUUAACAUUCCCACCUGCGGCCAAUUUCCCUGAAGCCUGAGCUGGGCCUCGACUCUGCCCCGCCCCACUCUGUACUUGGUUCCAGCACUUUCAACCCUCCCCUUGCCCCGUCCCCAAUCUGGGCCUGUUCUCUUACUGCUGAAGGCCUUAGUGCAUCCCAAACAUGACCAACUCCCAAUUUUGAUGUGCAGUGCUGAGAACAGUCUAGAAACAUGUUCUUGUUGCCUAGGCUCCUGCAAUGGGGUGGGUACGGGGGAGUGGGUGAGUGCCACCUUACGGUGUUCUGCAUUUCUUGUGCAAAGCCUGCCCUGUGGCAAAAGGGGGCCGGAAAUGGUGGGAGUGUGAAGAGGAACCCAGGCGAGGCUGAACAAACCAGAUAAUGCAGCAGGGAAACCAGGAAUCCACUGUAGUUUGGUGGACAGUGGGGCAGUUCCCCUCGUGAGUCAUCAUCCUUUUUCCGGUCUGUGCCCUGCUGGACUGGAGGUGGAGUGUGCACGGGACAUCAGCUCAGAAGGUGCUUAGUGCAGACUUGUUCAAACCAGAGAGGCAGUGUCCUCAGGGCUCCUGUGGUUGGAGUAGGGCAAGAGAAGGGGGCCUGUCACUGCUGAAACCUGCAGUUAGAACAGCCAUCCACCAGCCCCUCUGCUAGCAGCCCAGCAACAGAUGCAGGAGCCCAGUACAGCAAGGGGGAGGAGGAGGGAAGCUGUGUGAUUUCUCUUCCUAUGCUCCCUUUCCUGAAGCCUCAUUUCUCUUUUUGGGUUGUAGCAGAUUGUAGAGGAAGGAAGGCGAGGAAGCUUUACCAGCCCUUACCCCAUUUUCUGCCAGGGUCUGGGGGCCAUCCUCCCAGCAUAGCCAGGCUUUGACUUAACUACCAAGUCUCUGGAUUUGGAGGUCUUCAACUAAGUCUUCUGUCCCUGAGUAAGUGGGAGUGAGGAAGGCCCCUUAAUGGUUCUGGGACCCCUCCCUUCCUUGAAGGCCUCUUGGAAUAGCAGGGAGGGGAGAUGGGUUGUCUUCAGCUUCCUUCCUUGGAUUUCAGUUCUGAGGACUGGGGCCUGUUUCCUAAUCCCUGAGGUUCGGGCCCCAGUAAUCAAUCCUUCCUUCCUUCCUUCCUCUUUCUUUCUUUCCUUCCUUCCUUCCUUCUUCCUUCCUUCCUUCCUUCCUUCCUUCCUUCCUUCCUUC